AUGGCUCCAAACGCGGUAUCCGGCUCGGCGCAAAGGAAUAUCCAUGCCUUAGGCAUUGUUGAGCGAACGGGCUCAGUCUUCUCACUCAUCGGAUGCCUCUUCAUCAUCGUCACAUUUUGUUGUUCCAAAGCCUUCCACAAGCCCAUCAACCGAUUGGUCUUUUACGCAUCUUUUGGCAAUGGCAUUGUGAAUAUUGCCACACUGAUGGCUACAUCAUACGUCGGGUCACCCAACUCUGUGGGUUGCCAAACGCAAGCGUUUUUAAUUCAGUGGCUAAUGCCCGCUGAUGCACUUUGGACUUUGUCGAUGGCAAUCAACGUCUAUCUGACAUUUUACCACAAAUACAACGCUGUCGAUUUACGAAAAAAGGAAUUUCUGUAUCUGAUAUGUUGCUAUGGAAUCCCCUUCGUCCCUGCGAUCACGUACGUAUUUGUGAGGGAUGGCAAUGGCCACAGGGUAUAUGGAAAUGCCUCUUUGUGGUGCUGGGUUUCUAAAGAGUGGGGGAUCUGGCGAAUAUUAACCUUCUACGGCCCAAUCUGGAUUGUCAUUUUGGUCACUCUUUUUAUAUAUAUCCGCACAGGAAGCGACAUCUACCGAAAUCGAAAGGAGCUUCGUCUCCUGAGCCGAACCGACCUCGAGACAAAUACCAGCACGUCCACAGGGAGAAAGACGACGGAGAUCCAGGUAACAUCCGAGGCGAUUUGGAAUACACCAAUCAAGCAUAUACUAGGGUCAAAGGGUGUUGCUCAACCACAGAAUCUGGCCUAUUCCGUGAGCAUCACGGCCAGCAAACCCGGUAGCCAAGAUUCUCAUGAGGAUACGGGGACUUCCAACAUGUCGGAGCCGCCGCCUUCGCCAAUAAACCCACCACGCCAGACCAUGAGCCCGGCCGAAUGGUCCUACGCGAAGUGUUCAGUGCUGUUUUUCACUGCCAUGUUUAUCACAUGGAUCCCGUCGAGUGCAAACCGUGUUUACUCAGUCAUCCACAACAACAAUUCCUCAGUUGCUCUCGAGUAUAUGAGUGCCAUCGUAUUGCCGCUACAGGGAUUCUGGAACUCCAUAAUAUACAUCGUCACAUCACGGAAAGCCUGCAAGGUAUUUUUCGAUGACGUGCGACAUCUUGGCCGGUCUGAGAAUACUGAAUUAGCAAUAAUUCCUCAUGUGGCCCCGUUCGAGUUCUCCAACCGAAAUCGUGAUGCUCACGAGAGUCAAAGAGACGAGAGCAUGACGGAGCUGGCCGGUGGAGGAAGUACCGAUGUGGGGAGGUGGUAG